GACGGACUUUUUUAUCGGCGUCGCCACCCCAUUAGGAUUCGGGGCGGCAUCCCGCGUCGCUCCCCGUGUGUAUGCGUAGAGCUGCAGAAGCGCCGCUGCUGCUGACGGCGACGGACCGGCAUUUUUCUUUCUCUGGCGUGUUUUUCUGCUGGCGGGUCUCGCUCGCACGCCCUCCUCCUGCGCCUGGUCAGCUUGCCGUACUCAUCGCGUCGAGCGACUGCGUUGCACUCGGCAGCUUUGCCGAGAUUUCUUCCGCCCUCGUCUUCAGACCUACGUAAUAUAGCGAAGCGUAGGACAACGCCGUGACAGCCCCCCAUUGUGUGCAUUUCCUGUGCGUAUCGGAACCGCGACAUCGUCCGCAAGGAGACAAAGCUUCGACGACGACCGCCGGCAAACCGGGAGGACAUGGUCUUUCGCUGCACCGUUUGAUAUCAGUUCUUUUCCGUGCUGCCCGCGUUCUGGUGUGUGAUGCUCGGUGCUAUCUGCAUGGAUGAUUCGUGUGUGAGACUGCCAUACAAGGAGUGACCAUCGCCAGGCAAACCUUUGUGCGCUGCAACGAGGUCUUUCGCAUGCUAUAGACCUUUGUGUGCCGUGAGUUUUUACGUACAGUCGCCUUCAGCUUGUGCCGGCUUUUAGGUGCUCAGCUCUGUCCGCAACCGAGCCUGGACGAGAAGUAAAACGAGGCUUCCCGUUGCGAGGCUGAGCGACCAUCCGCGAGAACGAUUUGUGGAAGGAAUCUCGCUCGCCGCUAGGGGUUGUGCCACGCGCGGUGGUCUUCGCUCUCGUUCCCUCUGGGCGACCGCAACGAAAGAGUAGCGAAACACGAGCGUACUUCUCGGAGCGGUUCCCGAGUGCAUCUCGAGUAGCGCACGCACAUCGGCGGCGCUGAUUUGGGAUUCCUGGCAUCCAGCAACGCGGUAGCCAGGACCCGCGUCUCACGGCGUGUCAAGCCCCGGCGAAGGGUUAGGAAGGAGGCGGCAGCAAACGAGGCAGCGCUGUAAGCGACUGCUUUCGGCGUUGCAUCGCCUUACGAGGAAGCCAGAUCGCGGCAGGAAACUGAAAAAUAAAUUUCCCAGUGCCUGACUCCCGCCCUCCUCAGACCUGCUCGUGCGUGCUAGGCGUCGAGGGGCGUACGCGAGGAGCCGGAAUCGGUGUCGCGUAGCUUGUGACACGAGGAGGAGGACGAAGAAGGAGCGCGCGGAUUGAAAUAUUCGCCAGAAAAGAGGGAGAAUUCUAAACGCCAUAGCAUCGGCCGGUGAGCUGUGGUGCGCCACCUCCUGCGAUCUCUCGCCGAAGCUGUGGUGCAAGAUUGGUGUCGCAUAGUGCUUGGCAGAAGGAAAAGGGCUACGAAGAAGGUGCGAGAGGAAGAAGAAGAAGAAGCAGAGCGAGUGGCCGCUUGGCGCGCUGGCCGUUGGAACGCUCGAGCCGGCCGCCGACGGACGGCGGCAGGCGCAUCGGCAUGGCGCCGCGCACGACCGUCCCGGCGGCGGCGGCGGCGGCGGCCUGGUGAGCAAGAUGCGCAAGUGGUUCGGCAGUAAGCCCAAGGAGUCCGAGCCGGGAGCGCAAGUCGCCUCGGAAAAGAGGAGCGGCCACGCUAGCAAGGUGCCCUCGCCGGCCUGGAACCCGGCGUCACCGCACCCACAGCCGCAGCACCAGCAGCUGGCCGCCGUACCACCGUCCGCCGCGACCUCGAGCCGGAAAGCCAGCGGCAGCUCGCCAGAGGGCUCCGAAGAGGACACGCAGACGUCUGUCCGAUCCAGUUCUGGGACAGCAGCCACGCUGGCUAGCGGCAAGAUCGAACGGCGGCACUCCGUCGACUCCAGGAGGUCGGCUCGGAACUACGCGCUGCGGGACUCGACCGUUGUUUGGGACGGCCGCGUCACCUUUGAGAGGUUCCUUGAAGAGGCCAGGAAGUCCUUUGAACAAAAAUGGACCAGUCCUAGUUCGAACACAGCCUGCCUGGAGGACUUUGACCGGAUCAAGACACUAGGGACUGGCUCCUUUGGGCGGGUGAUGCUCGUCCAGCACAAACAGCACAAGGACUAUUAUGCCAUGAAAAUACUAGAUAAACAAAAGGUAGUGAAGCUAAAACAAGUAGAACACACCCUAAAUGAAAAACGGAUAUUACAAGCCGUCGAGUUCCCAUUCUUGGUCAAGCUAGCAUACCACUUCAAGGACAACUCAAACUUGUACAUGGUACUGGAGUAUGUGCUUGGAGGCGAGAUGUUCUCACAUCUAAGGAAAAGUGGGAGAUUCUCGGAACCACACGCGCGGUUUUACGGCGCCCAGAUUGUGCUGGCGUUCCAGUACCUGCACUCCCUAGACCUCAUCUACCGGGACUUGAAGCCCGAGAACCUGCUGAUUGACCACACAGGAUACAUCAAGGUUACAGAUUUUGGAUUUGCCAAGCGAGUCCGGGGACGGACCUGGACCUUGUGUGGCACACCUGAAUAUUUGGCUCCAGAGAUCAUUCUCAGCAAGGGCUACAACAAAGCUGUCGACUGGUGGGCACUUGGUGUCCUGGUGUACGAGAUGGCGGCUGGCUACCCACCUUUCUUUGCUGACCAGCCAAUCCAGAUAUACGAGAAAAUUGUCUCUGGCAAGGUCCGCUUCCCAUCGCACUUCACGUCCGACCUGAAGGACCUGCUGAGGAAUCUGCUGCAGGUUGACUUGACAAAGCGCUUUGGCAACCUCAAGAAUGGUGUCAAUGACAUCAAGAACCACCGGUGGUUUGCCACGACAGACUGGAUCGCCAUCUACAAGAAAGAGGUUGAGGCCCCAUUUGUGCCGAAAUGCAAGGGUCCCGGAGACACGAGCAACUUUGAUGAGUACGAAGAGGAAGCCCUGCGCAUAUCGUCGACGGAAAAGUGUGCCAGGGAGUUUGCCGAGUUCUAGGCUGGGCGGCACACAGGAGAGAAUGGACCCGGGGAGCCGACGACUAGGGGAGGCUGUUGAGCUCCUUCACACUUUUUUUGUCCCUGGCAGUGAAAAGCAAGAACCACAUGCGCUGCCUUGUCCAUGCACACCUCCCAUGGGUGAGGGGAGAGAACAGACAGAUCAAGGCACUCACCAAAGGCUAUGAUGUCCACGCACUCAUGCAGGUUUUUCUUGACCGAUAAACUGGCGCUGGGCCAAUCUUCGGCAGCCACGACCUGUGUGUGUUCCCUGGAUUGUCUGUCAGCGCUGCUUGCUUCGUGCCCCCCUCACACCCCACGGUCUCCUCUGCCCCCGUUGGCUCUCCCAGGCAUGCAUGUCGGUUUGUGUCCUGUCGGGUGCGCCUCCCCCCCCUCCCUUCUUUGUUUUUCCCGUUCCUCAUCAUUUCUCUCGCUGUCUGCCCCACAUGCAGCUCCUGGCAUAAAGGCUAGUGACAUUGGCUAGUCAAUGCUGGAGGCACAGCCAUGCAGGCCUUGAGAAACCACUCUGGGCAAUCGCUGGGAGACCAUAUUCUCACUGCGGAACAAAGCUUCUUGACAUUGUGGUGCACAGCCAGCAGAAGAGAGGGUCCCCACAUACAAACGCUGCCUUUAGCUUUCUCGUAUGCAGCAGAGAGCUAGCAGAGGCUGUGCGGGCUGCCUAAUAGCUUGAGUGUCCAGCCAAGCGGACAUUGGGGACUCCCUCUGUGGGUGGCUGCUGAGAAACUUUGUUUCUGCUGUGGAACAGGGUUCUCCUAGGUUUCCUGACCGUGCACAUGAUAGAAGAAAACAGUUCCCAGCAUUUCUCGCACCACUGACCCCAGCUCUCUAUGCUGUCCUGCCUUUGGCACUAUCUCCACUUGUAUAGCGAGAACCCACUACUGUUGCUGCGUUUCUUUCUCUCCUAGGCAUUACCAUAGAGGUGAAUAAAGUGUAUUUUGGUGGAAUUGAGAAAGUAUGGGAGCCUGCCCUUAUGUUUUACCUCCAGGGCCAGGCACUUGCAUGUUAACAGCGACUAUACUCUUUCUAGGCAGCCACUGAGCUUCUAAGAGGCAAAUGAGAUAUAAAAAAAAGCGAUACAAAUGAGGUUGCAGCAUGUCUGUAUGUGUGCGUGCAAGUGUCUAUAGUCUCUCGUGGUGGCAUCUGCAUUUUAUUUUUAUCUCCUUUUUUUGUCUCAGUGCACAAAGUGAGUUUUGCAAUGCCACACAUACUCUACAACUCUCUCCUCCGACUGUGACGGCAGAUAAUUUGAUGCCUGCAGCUUUGGAGAGGCUUCAUCCUAGGCUAGCGCAUGUCUGGAAGGAGUAACCAUUUGGGGGCUUGUCAUCACAUCCUUUGUCAGCCUCCACGCUAGUAGAGCUUGGAAUGGUGGCUGCAGGUGCAAAAUUGUGUUCUCUCCUCUCCUGACCACAGCAUUGCUUUCCUGGUUGGUUGCACUUGCACUGGUGCACAUGCUCUCUUGGCACAUCUCUUCAGUUGUUGUCCCAAAGUCCUUCGUUUUGUUCGGUGCGAAGAACCCAUCAGUGACCACCACACCUGUUCUUCUUGGUACACUGCCAAGUCACAGGCCCCUGCACUGGAGUACAAGAGCACUCGCACAUUACGAGGUUAGACAACUUUUCAGUUUGCUCUUGGCAGGUCCCCUAGCAUCUUCGAAAGAGAGUUCUUUUUUUCUGCUAGGCUUUCUCGCCGGGUAUAAUGUCUGCCAAAUUGCAGUGUGUGCAUACUGUUGAAAAGAUACUUGUGCAAGUGUGUGCCAGCCAACCUGCUUAUAAGCAGAAUUAAUGCAAGUUAGGCUUGGUCAGCUGGAUGUCAUGAACACAGUGCAGAUGCAGAUUGUGACUGGUUGUUGUGACGCUGUACUGCUUUGUGUCAAGAAUGAACAUGCUUCAAGUUUGGGUAUUGGAGCUGAAAAUAUGUGGGUGUGCCAUUCAUCAUACCGGUGUUUUAUUUUGCACACACCCCAUAGCCGGCACACACAUUUUGCAAUGGCAUUGCUGGUAGCAGCAGUUCCCCUACCAGCUUCGGUGUCGCGCUGCCUGUUCUUCCAUGUCGGUUGAUUCAUUUAUGCCUCAGUCCCUACUAUUGCGAAUCCAGUGCUUGGCCAGGGGCUCCUUUGGAUCUUGUCCGUGUAGCUUGAAAGCUUGUGCGCCUCUUGGUUUUUAUCACCCCGUUGAUGGCCACGCCUGUAAAUACAGGGAUGUAUCUGUUUGGUAUAUGCAAUACUAACUACACAGGCUUUCCUCUGGACCCUCUUUCUAAACAUAUUCUCCCAGCCACACCUUCCUGAGCGUCUUCUUGGGUUUCAUGCAAGGUAGGACUGACUAGCUUUCUUGGUCUCACGGGGUUGCGCCGUUUCUCUUUUGAAGCCCCCAUAUAAUCAGCACGCCAAAUGCACAUGCCCAGGCCUUUUUAAGUGCGAGGCCAGUUUAAAGAAUGAUGGCACCGUUAGAUGUGUGUUUGUUUACCAAAUUGCCAGAAUUAUGUGUGAGGAAGUGGUCAACCUUUCUUGUGUAAGAAUACUGUGGGCCAUUGCUUGCUGGGCUUUUCUUUUUCAUCCCCUUUUGUAGGACGUGUCUUGUGGCUGUUGCGUGUUAUGCCUGACCCUUUGCAUACUCACUUGGAGAGAGGGAAAAAAGUGUACAUGCAAGACGUUGGUCCUUUUGUCUGCAAUUCAUCUGUUCUUCUUGUAACCCACUUCGGUUGACUGACCUCUCCAGUCUUCAGUCAUCUGCGAUUUCUGGAUUUGCAUUACAGGUUUCUCCUGUAUAUCAAUUAAUUUUCCAGCAAGUGUUCACCAAGUCCUUUAUCAUUCUUUGUUGGUUAAGUUUGGUGUUGCACUGGUAUUGCUCUUAUGUUGCUCAAGAAUCAUAUCUGCAAUACUUUGCUGCAGCUCAUUUGCAAUAUUUUCCUACAUGCUGUGUUCUACACUUUGUCUAGAUGGGUUCUGCAAAGCUGUGCGCUUGCACAUAUCCUUUCAUGGUGUCAAAAAGCUAACACUAAGCCAGUUGAAUCAUAUGAGAUGUAGUCAGAGAAUUAUUCUCUUGUUACAAUCUUUGUUUCUUUUUUUACCUGAGAUGGGAACUUUUGUCCUGAAACAUUUUAAGUUUUUAGUGCCACACAUGUUGCAGUUUCCAAGUUUAUUUUUACGUUUCCUUGACAAAAUGAACUACAGUCUUUAAGACUCUCGGUGAUCUUAAAAGCUUCAUAAUAUAAUUUUUUUCCUCUUCCUUUUUUGAGGAUGAUGUAGCAAACUGCAGUAUUUUUGUAGGUGGAAUUGAUGGUGUUGACACAAGAGCCAUAGUGUUGUGCAUUGGAUUGUACUAUUGUUUCCAAAAGCUUAUGGGAGGCAGGUGUCACAAAAGAACUGAUUUUCUGCAUAGGUUAGGCUUGCCAAAAAAGUUGUUUUGUGUUGGUUGCACAUGUUAAGGCAGACUGCAACUCAAAAUCCAAGGUGCAUGCCGAAGCGUUGUGAAAAGUUUUUUCCCGUAAGUACCGCACCCUGUAAACUUUUGGUGCCAACAGUACAUUAGUGGACUUACUUCCAUGUGCUUGUUAAAUGACAAUGUAUUGAUCAGGGCAGAAAGACAUUUAGGAGCUUGGGAGUUUCUGAGUGGUUACUAACGCUCUGCUUUUAGUUGUUUUCAAGUAUUUUAAUUGUGAACUGCAUAAGUCAUCACCGUGUUGAGCCAAUCCAACAGAAAGAGAGGGUCAAACUAUGUGCUUGAGUUUUGUUUCUUGUUUUCUUGGUGAUGUUGCUUCAUCUUAGGUCAUCUUGUCUCAUAAUUGUGUUGUCUCCCCUCCGUUUUUUUUCUGUCAUCCCCUCUGGUUCCAAUGUGAUUGUGUCCCACACUUGCAAGAACUUAGCAAAAGUUUGUUUUUUGAUGUUUGCCUCGAGGUGUCUUUUUAUCUAGUCCAGCUCACAGAUUGAUAUAUAUACAAACACAUACACACACACACAUGAAAAUACUGAGGAUAUCGCAGAGAGAGCAGUUCAAAGAUUAAUAAGAAGCCUGAAUACCUUUCCUUUUUUUUUCUUCUUUUUUUUUUUUUUCCUCGACCACCCCCAUACCCGUGUCAUGACCUCUGCUCUCCUGGAUCCUAGUUCUGCGAACCCCCAUGCUGUCAUUCGUUGCUUGCAAAUUUUUAGCCUUGUAUAUUUGUUAACUUGUGGUUGGAGCUGUUCUUGUAUUAAAAGUUGUUAUACUAAAUA